CAAACCUCCAUGUAAAUUUUGACGCCGACCACAGCAAGCCCAUAGAACCAGUCUAUUGUCCCUUCAAUCGCUGGUCGAUCUAAUCCAGACCGUUUUUACGUCUUUCUGCAAAUUACAUCACAAUAACGAGCUAAAAUGUCGCUCGAAGAACACAACAAAAUCGAAAGUUUGAGGAAAGUUUUCAUUGGUGGAUUACCUGCUGCAACAAAAGAAACUGACCUCACAGAAUACUUCAGCCAAUUUGGUGAAGUACAUGAAUCUGCAGUUGUCCUUGACGAGGCAAAGAAGUCCAGAGGAUUUGGAUUUGUUACAUUCUGUCAUCUUGACGGCAUCCAUAAAUGUCUCGAUUUCCAGAAGGAGAGUGGAAAGAAGCACAGUCUCAAUGGAGAAGAUAUUGAUGUGCGAAGGUCAAUUCCAAAGGAGCUGCUUCAAGAGAUGAAGGAUGCCCAGUCGGGUGGAGAUGUGAAAAUCUACAUGAAGUUCAGUCAGUCGGUCGCCAAGGAGAUUGACGAAAACGCCAUUAUGGAAUUCUUUGAAAAAAUGCCAUUGCAUCAGGGAAAGCGGCCGAAGUCUGUCGAAUUCAUCCUCAACAAAGAAACCAAGGAGAAGACAGGCUCUGCGUUUGUCAAAUUCGAUGACGAUGAUGAUGUUGUCAAAGCUGCUACUGUAAAGGAAUUCGAUUGGAACGGGAGUAAAGCAACAUGUUGUAUCGCCAGACCUAAACGUAACAGGCGUUUUGGCGGCCCAAUGGGAGGCGGCUUUGGAGGUGGUUACGGAGGCGGACGGGGUGGCCCUCGAGGUGGACGUGGUCGAGGAAUGAGAGGUGGCGGCGGUGGCUAUGGACGUGGAGGUAACCGGAACUAUGGUGGUGGUUGGGACAGCUACGGAAAUGGCUAUGAUGAUGGUUACGGUGGUUACGGUGGAGGCUACGGCGGCUAUGGCGGUGGAUACGAUGACGGCUAUGGUUAUGGAGGCGGCUACAGUAAUGGAGGUGGAUAUGGCCGAUACGGUGGUGAGUAUGACAACAGUGGUGGAGGACCACGUCCGAGAUGGUCAGGUGGCGGUGGACGAUACCAGCCAUAUUGACUGGAUUGAGCAAUGAGCUGUAAAAAGAUUUCCCCGGAAAUUGACAUUGUUGUGACUUUUGACAUUGUGAACUAGUAGUGGAAAGAGCUGCUCUAUAAAGUUACUAUUCAUGGGAGGACGACAGAGCAGUGGACCGAGAUUCUUCCUGCAUACAUAUCGCAGAAUAUCAGCUGUAGCAGACAAAGUGAGAACCAGAUGGACUAAACUUUCUGUUUUCAAGAGAUGCAAUAAGGAUCCGAAUACAUAGCAGGGGAACUUAAACAUCUUGUUAAAAGUUACGAACAAAAGAUCUGGAUAUGUGAACAUGAUAUUUUCUGAUAUGUUCAAGGUUAGAAAAUAAUCAUACUUACAAAAUUUUCAUCUUCAUCGAUCAUUUUUAUCAUCAAAGGAUUUCUUACCAGACACUUCUUGCAUUUUGUACAUAUAUGAUAUUUUAUUUUAUAAGGAAUUGAAAUUGUCAUGUCUACAUGCGGCUGUUAAAAGAUCUUGGGUAUGCAGGAUGGGCAGUUUAACAUUCAUCAUGUAGAUUUUCAUGUCUUUUUUGGUUGAAAAUGUGAUGUAAUAAACAGAAAUAUUACACUUUAGUGUUGUACUGAUCAUAGUAGGUAUUUGAUACACCUUUGGAAACCAUGAAAUAAAUCUUGAUUUUAAUUAUGUGAAUA